AUGUGGAAUAGUAUAGUGUUGUUGCUGGUGUUGGGGUCCACCAUCGGACUGAGCCACGGUAGAAGAUGUGGUGUAGUGUGCAGAGUGAAGGAUCCUUCGAUUGUGCAGAGCUCGAAAGUACUCAGUAACUGUUUGUAUGAAGUGUACCCAGUGGAGGUGACCCAGGAUAUCACCAAUCUAAUCGAUGGGACCGGUUAUAACAAUAAACUGUUUUCACUGUACGGUGGAGCGAGUUCGUGCAGUUACUUUGGUAAUCUGAUACGAACUCAAAGUGGCCGCCAGACGCUGGUGGAUACGAUUAAAGAUCAGCUGCAGAAGAGUGGCUUCCGCGGGUUGGAUCUGCAGUGUGACCCAGGGCAUCCACAAGUUUCUCAACAAGACUAUGCGGAGUUCCUGCAGAUUUUACGAGAUCAAUUGGGUGGGAGAUUCAUCAUCUCCGUUAGUAUACAGAGCACUAACAUUGAAACAUGCCUGGUGAACACAAUGAACACAGUAGUCGAUCUGGUGAAUGUAGCUCUGGAUGCUUCUCAGUUCUCUUUAGUACAAGCAUUCAUCUCACUUGGCUUGAGUCAAUCAAAAAUUGUGCUUGAUAUCCCAUUGCCAGUUGUGUUGAACUGCCCGCUGGACACUGGAACCAAUAAUCUGUUUUCGGUGAUUCAAACGGCUGUAAACGUGAUCGAGGUAAAAAACCUCAUCGGUGCAGCAAUUCAGCUGGAUCGGGAUGACGUGGCAGGAAUUUGUGGAAAAGGUGUAUUCCCGUUGUUCAACAAGUUGUUUACUGAGCUAAAGACUUACUGCGGGUGCCCUGGUGGUUUUGUUGGAGGUACUUGUGGUCGUUGCAAUUUCAGCGGUUAUGUUCGUGAUACACGUGACUGUUCCCGUUUUUACACCUGCAACAAUGGACAGUCAAACCAAAUGCAGUGCCCUCAGGGAAUGUCGUUCGAUAUUUGCAGCAGCACUUGCCAACCGUUCAUCCAGGUGAACUGUAACCAGACUACAUGUACCUUGAUCGGGGCUAUCGAGGGAGGUAAAAAUGUUCCAAUUCCUAUUCCUUUCCCGUUUCCGUUCCCGGGUAGCUGCGGAGGAAAUAAUGGCGGCAACAAUGGUGGCAAUAAUAGUAAUAAUAAUGGCGGCAACAAUGGAGGAAAUAAUAUAAACACGACGAACAUCAUACUGGUUAACAAUCAAACGUCCGAACUGUUGAAACUGCUGAACAGCACCGGUUUAGAGCAAACUGUUGGCGUUUUGAACGAUGCCCUUAAGGAUGUCUAUCCCCCGUUGAAGGACGUCGUUGAUCCGGUUAAUAAUUUACUAUCAGGUCUACUGGUGGGCAAUAAGGCCAUGAAUGAUACCAUGGGAAAAAUGGACGAAAUGCAGAAAAAGUUAGGUCUUGUGGAAAGUCUGCUGGAUGUAGUUGUAAAGUUGCUGAAAAAUUUACUUGGUUUGGAUCUGGGUGGAUUACUGGGAGGUGGUGGUGGCGGUGGCGGUGGUGGACUACUCGGUGGUCUGACAGGUGGUGGCGGUGGACUUCCAAGUGUUCCUGGACUCCUAGCCUGGGCUGCUUGGAUGCUAUCGGUUGCUGUGUUCUGUCAGUCGAACCAAUUGAUUUGUCGAAUCGAUAGCCCAGCGAUAAUUCGUGACUGCAGUGUACUGAAAGAGUGUUUGUAUCGUGUUUAUCCUGCGGAAGCGUUGAAAAAUACAGGAGAUCUUGGAUGGAUAAAAGGCUGCGAUGGGUUGAACAAUUUAUUCUCCAUGUAUAGUGGCGUGAAUGGUUGUAAAUAUUUUGGAAAUUUGAUCAGUACCAGCCAAGGACGGGAUGCAUUUGUGACCAUCGUUCAACGGCAACUGAUCAAAAGUUCCUUCCGAGGGUUGGAUUUGAGAUGUGAUCCUACAAUAUACGGAGUCGAUCAGAUAGCUUACAACGGUUGUCUGCGUUUACUGCGCAAACAACUCGGCUACGGAUAUCUACUGAUCGUGAAGAUUGAAAAUCCUGAUCUGGACCCGGUGCUAAUAGACACACUUAAUACCGAGGUUGAUCUUGUAAGUUGCUCCCUGCAGAACUCGAACCUACUUCAGGGAUCAGAUAUCGUGCGAGAUUUGAUUUCCCAGGGCUGUGAUCCACAAAAGAUUAUCAUUGAUGCACCGUUCCCCAACGUAGUCACCUGUCCUUUGAAUGUCGACCAACUUCUCAGUACGGCGGACACAGUGAGAAAUUUGAAUUUAUUCGGUGUCAUCGCACAACUAGAUCGCGACGACGUUGCUAACAAAUGUGGAAAUGGGACGUUUCCACUGCUGAAAAAGCUGUCGGUUUUUCUCACAGGAAAUGAUUGGUGUGAAUUUGAUGGUUUCAAACCAGAUCCGAGAGAUCGUUCUAGAUUUUACAGUUGCUAUGAGGGAGUUCUUAGCCUUCAUCAGUGUCCACAGGGUCAACUGUUCGACCCGAUGAACAGCACGUGUAUUGCAUUCGUGCGGAUGAAUUGCAACGGAACAAGCUGUUCAAUUCUAGGCCCAGUUAGUAUCACAAACGAUACGAACUAUGUUCCGAUUUUCAUCCCCAUACCGAAAACGUGCCCUACAAAGAACGUGAACAAUACCAUCAUUUUGAUUCAAAAUCAAAUGUCCGAACUGUUGAAGCUGUUGAAUUUAACCGGACUGGAUCAGACCAUCGGCGUGGUUAAUAAUGCCCUCGGGGGUGUCUAUCCGACAGUGCACGGGUUACUAGAUGUGGUCAAUGGUUUAUUAGGACCACUGUUAGGUGGAAAUAAGGCACCGUAA